AUGAAAUUCCUAAUCACCAUCUUUCCUACCGUGGCCAUGGCCGCCCUGACAUCCAUUUCCCAAAAUGACGUUACCAAUGGCGGCGGAUGCAAGGCCAUGACGGUCCUCUUCGCCCGUGGUACCACUGAACCCGGCAACAUGGGCAUCAUCGCCGGACCCCCUUUUGUCAGUGCCCUUGGCAAGAUGAUGGGUGCGUCCAACUUGGCUGUCCAAGGCAUCGAAUAUCCAGCCGAUAUUCCGGGCUUCCUGGUUGGCGGCGACGCCGGUGGUAGCAAAUUGAUGGCGCAGAUGGUUGGACAGGUCCGCGCCAAAUGUCCAGACACGACGCUCGUUAUGGCGGGAUACUCUCAAGGAGGUCAACUCACCCACAACGCAGCCAGCAUGCUCAGCGCCCAAGACUCGGCUUUUGUAUCCAGCACCGUCAUCUUUGGCGACCCAAACAACGGCAAGCCCGUUGGUAAAGUGUCGGCCGCCAACACCAAGAUCAUUUGUGCGCAGGGCGAUCUCAUUUGCGCUGGUCAGGCCAUCAUUCUGCCACCCCAUCUGUCGUAUGGCUCCAAUGCCAACGCCGCCGCCCAGUUUGUCAUGAGCAGGAUGACUGCCGGAGCCACAGCCGGUGGUAAACGAGCACUCGAGGCGAGGAAGUUUGUUGCAUGA